ACCCAAACAUAACGGCAAGCAUUACUUACCUCUCCCUUCUUUUCCUCUCCUCCCCCAAAAUUAUACAAACACUUUCAAGAAAACAACAUUUUCUUUUCUUUUCUUUUCCUUUCUUUUUUUUUGAUUUUCUUUUCUUCUUCUUUUUUUUUGCUGUUUCAUUUCCAUUUUCUCACACUCCAAACAAUAAAAAUGCCUCAAAUGGAGCGCAAGAAAACCUUCACAAUGAAUUGGGAUGCUCUCGACGACCACGACCACGACGUCGACGAUGAUCAUGAUCGUUUUUUUGAGACCUAUGAUCGUCUCUCCUCCUCUGUCUCCCUUGACUUAGCCUCCUCCGCCUCCGAUGAAGACGACGAUUUCGAUGACCCUCGUGUCUCCUUCGCCUCCGCCAUGUCCUCCGUUUCCACCUCCGAAUUCAGAAACUACACCGCCCCAGCUUCUGUUUCCGCCGCCGCAAUGUCCCCAGAUUACGAUAUCUGGAUGGCGGCGCCUGGAUCGAUCAAAGAACGUCGGAAACGUCUGUUCCAAGGCAUGGGGUUAUCGUCCGAAAAAGAGGUGCUUACAGUUUGUAGUAAAAAAGACUUAACGUGUGGUGCUUCUGAUAAUAAAAUUUCAAACGGUCAUGUUUCUCAUGACGCUAACGGCCAUGUUCAUGCCGGAGAAUUACCGAAGCAAGCGGCGAAAGCCGCUUCGCCGGUGCCAAUGAAGGUACUGCUCGUACGUUCCAGGUCUGGUAAUGAUAUAGCCUCAUUUUCAGUCGAAAAGAAACGAAAAGAAGAACUACUCGGAAACGUUUCGAAACAGCGGUUAACUCGAACAUCUUCGAUGAUAAUUGUGUCGCAUGCUAGAGUAUGUUGUUAUCAAGAUUCCAUUAGUGUUUCACCUAAGACAAGGAGCAUGAGACAGAGUGGCAGCUUAGCUCCGAUGUUGUCGGAUAACAGAUUUGGCGCAUUUUUCUUGAUAAAAAAUUUAGAUACGGGUAAAGAAUUCAUUGUUAAUGAGUAUGAUCAAGAUGGUAUGUGGAAUAGAGUGAGUGAUCUUCAGACAGGGAAGCAAUUAACGUUGGAAGAAUUCGAAAAGUGCGUCGGACAUUCUCCCGUUGUUAAGGAGUUAAUGCGGAGAGAAAACGUCUCGAGGAUGAACGGGGAAGUUAGCGGUGACGAAAGAAAAAUUACCGCGAAUUCGUACUUGUCGAAGAGUUUACGAGUGAGCAAGAGACGAGGAGCUGCGUUGUUGAAGAACAUAAAAGGCGUGGCACAUUCUAUGACGAUGACGGGUUUGAAAGGAAGUGAAAAGGAACGAGAGACUCAUUCUCCGACAGCGGAAUCUAAAUCGAAAUCGGGGUGGAUGAAGGUGCGACAGACGGGGAAAUCGUAUAAGGAAUUAAGUGCAUUGCAUAUGUGUCAAGAGAUUCAAGCUCAUCAAGGGUCAAUAUGGAGUAUUAAGUUCAGUCCGGAUGCUAAAUUUUUAGCUAGUGGAGGUGAAGAUAGGGUAAUUCAUAUAUGGGAAGUUCAAGAAUGUGAAAUUAUGUCACUUAAUGAAGGAAAUUUACCUCAACUUCAUCCGUUCUCAAAUACACCGAAUCUUUGUGAGAUUACUCCAUAUUCUUCUGAAAAGAAAAAGAAGAAGAAAGGCUCUUCUAGCCGGAAAAUCAAUCCCAUACCCGAAUAUGUACAUGUGUCCGAAACCGUGUUUUCGCUAUCGGAAAAACCUGUCUGUUCCUUGGCAGGCCAUCUUGAUGAUGUUUUGGACUUAUCCUGGUCUAGAUCUCAGCAAUUGCUAUCAUCUUCAAUGGACAAAACUGUUAGAUUGUGGGACAUGGAAACGAAGAGCUGUCUCAAGUUGUUUGCUCAUAAUGAUUAUGUAACUUGCAUACAAUUCAAUCCGAUGGAUGACAACUAUUUCAUAAGUGGGUCACUUGAUAACAAGAUCAGAAUAUGGAGCAUACCUGAUAGACAACUUGUGGAUUGGACAGAUCUUCAUGAAAUGGUCACUGCUGUUUGCUACACUCCUGAUGGCCAGGGGGCUUUAAUUGGUUCACACAAAGGAAGUUGCCGAUUGUACAAUGUUGAAGAUUGCAAACUGAAUCAAGCGGAGCAGAUUGAAUUACAGCACAAGAAGCGAGCUAAAAAGAUCACGGGUUUCCAGUUUUGUCCAGGUAAUCCAUCUGAAGUUCUUGUUACUUCCGCCGAUUCCAGAAUCCGCAUUCUGGAUGGUUCUGAUGUCGUUCACAAAUUCCGAGGUUUUAGAAAUAUAAACAGUCAAAUAUCAGCAUCAUUCAGUAGUGAUGGAAAAUACGUAAUAUGUGCAAGCGAAGAUUCACAUGUAUACGUAUGGAAGCGCGACGAGAGAUCCCCGAAUUCCAAGACCAAAAGCCUAAUCAACAAUCGAUCGCACGAAAACUUCCAAUGCAGAGACGUAUCCAUGGCGAUACCAUGGCCCGGUUCUAUAAAAGGCGAUCCGCCAUCCCUACAACUCCAUUCCAAACGACACUCCAAACGUUUAACAAUCUCGCAGACACCUUCAUCGUGCGGCUCCCCGACAAAAGAAGACGCAUUAUCGCUCAGUAGUCGGAGAUACUUUCCGCCUUCUGCGACGGACUCUAUGCCUCGAGAAGAAGAGAUUUCUUCCGCUGGAAAUAGUAAGCGACAAUUGCCACCUCUACCUCUACCGAAGAAAAUUAACAACAACAACAACAAUCAUCUAGAAAGAACGCUAUCGCCCGAAGAAGACCCUGCUUCCAUUUCGCGGUCAGAUUCUGAUUUCGGUGAUUCGUUUAGUACUUCAGCUUCUUCGUCAAUAAGGUACGGUGAUUCCCCGUCAAUUUCCGCAGCUCCAUCUUCGAAUUCAUCUUGGUCUUCGUCGUGGUCGUGGUUUGACGGAGGAAGUAGCCACGGAAACCAAAUUCACGCAACGGCGUGGGGUAUGGUUGUAGUGACAGCUACACUAGGAGGUGAAAUUAGAGCUUAUCAGAAUUUUGGUUUGCCUCGUAGGAUUGGUCGCCAAUCAAAUUUGUUUUGAGAACUUGUGUAUGCAAAUUUGGUUUUUGUAUUAGUGAAAAAAAAUACAAGCAUUGGGCAGGAUUUUUGUGCAUGGAAGAAAUUAUUGAGAAAAAACCAAUUUGUUUUUAUAUAGAUGAGAAAGAAGAAUCAAAACUCAGACUCGUAGAUGGAAUCGAAUUUGUGAACAACUUUGGUUUUCUUCAAGUGUAAUCAACAAGAUCAAAACUAAGUCAAGUCAAGUGUACAAAGUUAAUAUUAUUUUUUAAUAGUUA